ACUCACCUCUCCCCAAGCGUUCUCCCGAAGCUCAGACAUUGCACAUUCUGGGCUGGAGGAUGGAGAAGCCGCAACCCGAGCUGGAGCAGGAGAAGGACCCAGAGGCGGAGGCAGCAGCUCGGCCCCUGCUCACCGACCUCUAUCAGAUCACCAUGGCUCUGGCCUACUGGCGGGCGGGCCGGGCCCGGGAGCCCGCUGAGUUCGAACUCUUCUUUCGCCGCUGCCCCUUCGGGUCCUCCUUCACCCUGGCCGCGGGGCUGCGGGACUGCAUGCGCUUCUUGCGCGCCUUCCGCCUCCGACCGGCAGAUGUAAAGUACCUGGCCUCUGUGCUCCCACCAGACACGGACCCUGCCUUCUUUGAACACCUACAGGGACUGGACUGCUCUGCAGUGACUAUUCGGGCCCAGCCUGAGGGCACCCUGGCCUUUGCCCAUGUACCAUUACUCUGCGUAUCUGGGCCUCUCCUCCUAGUGCAGCUCCUGGAGACUCCCUUGCUCUGCCUCAUCAACUAUGCCAGCCUGGUGGCUACUAAUGCAGCCCGGCUACGCCUGAUCGCAGGGCCAAAGAAGCGGCUGUUGGAGAUGGGGUUGCGGAGGGCACAGGGCCCCGACGGAGGCCUCACAGCCUCCACCUACAGCUACCUGGGCGGCUUUGACAGCAGCAGUAACGUGUUGGCUGGGCAACUUCGAGGGGUGCCUGUGGCUGGCACUCUGGCUCACUCCUUCGUCACCUCCUUCUCUGGCUACGCGCAAUCCCAGGUCCUGAUGCUGGCUCCAGCAUCUGGGCAAGGUCCUCCCAAGGACCUUUCCAUCCUCACUGAAUCUUGGUUGGGCAAAGUGUGUGAGUACCUGGGCCUUCGGGCUGAAGAGACUCACCUCGGAGAACGGGCUGCCUUUGUGGCCUAUGCCCUGGCUUUUCCGCAAGCCUUUCAGGGGCUGCUGGACUCCUACAGCGUCAUGCGGAGUGGGCUUCCAAAUUUCCUGGCAGUGGCCCUGGCGUUGGCUGAGCUGGGGUACCGGGCAGCAGGGGUGCGGCUAGACAGCGGAGAUCUCCUGCAGCAGGCCCAGGAAAUCCGAAGCAUUUUCCGGAAAUGUGCCUCCCACUUCCAGGUGCCCUGGCUGGAGGCCGUGUCCAUCGCCGUGAGCAACAACAUCGAUGAGAGGGUGCUAGACCAGCUGGCUCACAAGGAUAGUGAGGUGGAUCUCAUCGGCAUCGGCACCAAUGUGGUCACGUGUCCCCUGCAGCCUUCCCUUGGCUGUGUGUACAAGCUAGUGUCUGUGCGGGGGCAGCCCUGUCGGAAGCUGACCGAGGACUCUGAGAAGCAGACGCUGCCCGGAAGCAAGGCAGCCUAUCGGCUUUACAACGGAGAAGGAGCCCCCAUUCUGGACCUGCUGCAGCUGGAGGAAGAGCCCCCACCACAGGCUGGGCAGGAGCUGAGGGUGUGGCCCCUGGACGUCUCAGGAGGUGACUGCAGAGGCCAGACCCUCACUCCCGUCUCCUUGGAGCCACUACUCAGAGUCUACUUCCACCAGGGACAGAUGUGUGAACCCAUUCCCUCCCUUGCUGAGUCUCGGGCCUUAGCACAGAAGUCUCUGAGCUGCCUCAGCUCAGCUCAAAAGCGACUGGAGAAUCCUGAGCCCUACCAGGUGGCACUUUCUGAGAAGUUACAUGCUCUGCUGGGGAGUGUGGCCCGGAGCAGCCAGGAGGGCCCCUGAGGUUGGAAGGGAGCCGCACAUCCAGGAAGCUUCAUUGCUCUGUCUAAGGAGUCCCAGGGAUGUCCAGGGAUGGAGGUGUCUCCCCUUGGACCCCGCCUGCAAAGCUACACUAAAGUUUUGGUUCUCUUUGA